AUGACCCGCAUCACUUCCCCCUCGAGCUACACCAACCUCUAUGCACCCCAGCCUCACCGCCUCUCCCCUUCUCCUCUCAGCCGCAUGUCAUACAUGCCCCACCAAGACCAAGACCGAGCCCACGACGACGAUCUCGACCUCGAUCCCUACGUCUCGCCCGAUCAACACCGCUUCGAAGCCAUCUACGGUCCGAAUCUCUGGUCUCAGCUCCAAGACGAGGUCGCCUUCCUCGCUACCGACCUCUCCUUUCCGACCGGCUCGAAUGGGAACAAGGUCCAGGUCACGAUCAAGCUCCUCCCUCUUCUUUCUGGCGAUGAGGGGACGGAUGGUGGAGAUGACGAGGAGAUGGAGAAUAGGCAGACUGGUGGCGGAGGUGGCUGGCAGCUCGUCCUGGAGAUCUUGUCUGCGCCGGCGGAGGAGGGAGCAAGGUGGACGAUGAGGAGCUUCUCGACUUGUCUCACAGGCAUGGCCCCUCCCUCCGCUGCUCAUCAAGACCACAUUGCGGGCAUCACGUACUCCCUCCGACGUCUUCAGCGCAACCUCGAGAGGGACGGCUUUCACGUGGAGAAGACUCGGGCUUACAAGCACCAGGCGCCGAGUAAGAAGCUCUUCGUCCACACCAAUAUGACCGGCAAGGAUCAGAUGUUCCUCCCGCUCGACUUCGAGGUCAACCCAGAUAUCGAACAGGAAGUCGCCAUCAGUGUCGCCUACCACACGUACCUCUUGGAGACGCAGCGGGCAGACUUGCUGACAGUGGUUCAGAAAGCCAUCUAUGAGCAGGAGAAGGAGAAAGAUGAAGGAUCAUCCACUCGUGCUCGUGACCAGGAUGUCUCGACAUUGGGCAUGUCAAUCAAGCAAUUCGGCAAGCUCUUGGACAAGAAGGCCGCCGACCAUCGAGACAACGCGGCGCGAUUCAAGAGCAAGAUGGAACAGCAGACGGGAGAGGGCAGCCAGGCUGUCAGUACGGACUUCGAGCGGAACGGCGGCUUUGCGAUCGCGGCUUGA